UGGUUAUACUAUAAAAAUAAACAGGUCAAGAUGACAAUGUAAAAAUUUACAGACAAACUCCUACAUAAAGUCCAACAGUAACCAUUUGGUAAUAUGGGUCAGUAGGGUAAUGUUGGACCUGCUGUACAUUGCAAGACAUGGUUGCAGCUUAUGACGCUACGAGAUGGUGAGUGCACAUAUGGGACCCAGUCUUCUCCCCUCUGACUGCCAAAAUGGUAUAGUGAUGAGUGACAGAGAGGAGAAGAGGAGGAGCAGUCAGACCAGCUGGAGCACUGGAGAGUUUGCAUACCUUUUAUGUUACCACCCCUACUGACUCUUUCUUCUGGACUGAUUCCAGCACUCCCUCCAGCCCUCUAUCCCCGACUUCCUCUUGCUGCCUUCCUUCCUCCCCACCCCCAUAACUGAAAUAGUCUCCUAAAGGAUUGAAAGGGAUUGAGUCGUCCAUUCUGUCCGGUUUCCUGUGGACACAGAAAGUUAAUUUUAGCAGGGGCAGUCAAGCAGAUAUGCGUGUCAAUACAGAGAGAGAUCAAACCUUGAGAUGAAACUCCAUUAAAGAGAAAAACUCAAUUAAAUUCCACAGAAAUGGGUGGGUGUAGCCUCAUUGUGUCCGUCUUCUGUUGAAUUAGCUAUCUUAAAGUUUGUGUCUGACUUCCUUGUUUGCAUAUGUCUUUAGGAUUGUCUGUGAGAAUUCAGGGGUCCCAAAUGAAACUGCUGGGGUUUGCUUUUUAGUUUUAUUUUUUAUCGGCUUUAGUGGAGGAAUGUUGGCAUAAAGUUUGGCUGGGGGGAAGGCAGUGAGCGGCGUCUCAAGUGUUGGCAUUUGUUUCAUUUCAACUGUAAUGAGUCUUGCCCUAUCGUGAGAGAAAUUUCUGGCUUCAAACUAACAACUUCAAAGCUGGGCUUUUGAAAGUAAGAAAACGUUCAACAAGUCCUCACAUGAAACUCAUUCAAGACUCUGGAAAUGAAGGUUUAGACAGCUGAGAAGCUUUGUCUGUCUGGUCCUAUCGCCCUCUGCACUUCAGAGGAAAGAAACGAGCUGCUAAAAACGAGCUGUUCUCAUUUCGAGAGUGAAAAGAAACUGAAGCUAUGCAGAAGGGGGAAAGAAAAGUUAAGGCUGUGCGUGCAUAUGACUGCACGUCUGUGUAUGUGCGUCUGUCGAUGUGUGUGCGUGUUUGAGGGGUGUGUAAGUUUGUGUGUGCGACUGUGUCUGUGUGGGAAUGAUUACAUCAGCUUGAGCUAGCCCUAUGAUUGGUUAGGGAAGUGUGGUUUGAUUCACUACCUAAAAGCCUGUGGCUGUAACCCUUUGUGAGGGGAACAGAGGCAAGUUGUCUGCCAAGCUGGAAACAGUGCCAUCUGCAUGCUCUGUCCUGCGCCAAAGCUAGACAGAGAGAGAAAGAGAAGGAGGGAGAUUGUGACAGGUAGGAUAUGCUGAGCCACUGACGGGAAGAAGCAUCUGCAAAGCAUCGGAACUGCUUUUUUCCUUUUUCCGGUCCUUUUUUUCUCUCUUGUGGAGUUGUGGAGACAUUCGGGGAGCUGGUUCGUCUCUCAGAGUGUGGAGGAGGACACAGGCUGCUGGGGAAAAUGCCAUCGUGUUCUUCUGACUGUUGCCUGCUCAGGCCUGGGGAGAUCAUAAAAAUCUUCAGCGAGGAUGGGAUGGGAAAGGUGGUGGAGAUCCCAGCCGACAUGACGGCGCGAGACCUGUGCCAGUUUCUCGUCUAUAAAAACCAUUGUGUGGACGAUAACAGUUGGGCUCUUGUGGAGCAUCAUCCAGCCCUGGGACUCGAGAGAUGUUUAGAAGACCAUGAACUGGUUGUCCAAGUGCAGGCAUCAAUGACCAGUGAGAGUAAAUUUCUCUUCAGGAAGAACUAUGCCAAAUAUGAAUUCUUUAAAAAUCCUUUGAACUUCUUCCCAGAGCAAAUGGUUGCCUGGUGUCAGGAAACCAACGGGACCAUCCCCCCAUCUCAGCUCCUGCAGAACUUCUUAAACUCCAACAGUUGUCCUGAGAUCCAGGGAUAUUUGUAUGUGAAAGAAAUGGGCAGGAAAUCAUGGAAGAAACUGUAUGUGUUUUUAAGACGGUCAGGGUUGUACUUCUCAACAAAAGGAACGUCAAAGGAGCCCAGGCAUUUACAGCUACUAGCAGACCUGGAGGACAGCAAUGUCUUUACAGUAAUAACAGGGAGAAAGCUGCACAAUGCACCAACUGACUUUGAAUUCUGCAUAAAACCUAACAAAGUAAGGAAUGAAGUGAAAGAACUGAGGAUGUUGUGUGCAGAGGACGAGCAGAGCAGAACAUGCUGGAUGACGGCCUUCAGACUCUUCAAGUAUGGAAUUUUACUCUAUCAAAAUUACAAGAUCCCCCAGCAGCGAAAAACAUUGCUUUCACACUUCUCAGCACCCGUGAGGAGUGUCUCAGAGAACUCUCUGGUAGCCAUGGAUUUCUCAGGGAGGAUAGGCCGAGUGAUUGACAAUCCUGUGGAGGCUCAGAGUGCUGCCAUGGAGGAGGGACAUGCCUGGAGAAAGAGAAGUCAGCGUAUGAAUAUACUAGGAAGCCCCAGCCCAUUACACCCCUCAUCAUUAAGCGGAGUUAUCCACAGAACUCAGCUAUGGUUUCACGGUCGUAUUUCACGUGAGGAAUCCCACAAGAUGAUCCAUCAGCAGGGCAGAGUGGAUGGAAUGUUUCUCUUGAGGGAUAGCCAGAGCAAUCCUAAGGCAUUUGUACUUACAAUGUGUCAUCACCAGAAAAUCAAACAUUUCCAGAUUUUACCGUGUGAAGAAGAUGGUCAAAUGUUCUUGAGCCUUGACGACGCCGCCACCAAAUUCACAGACCUGAUCCAGUUGGUGGAGUUUUACACGCUGAAUAGAGGAGUUCUGCCUUGCAAACUUAAACACCCCUGCACCACUGUGGCCUUAUGACCUCCAUUUGCCUGAUUCCGCCUAAAUACAAACACUCAGACGUCGUGUGCUGUGGUGUAAUGCUGUGCUGCUGGGCUGGAGAAAAGCACACUGCAAGAGCAACUCUCGAUCAAGGAGAGAGGAAAUCAAAAGAACAAACACAAACAGGACCAGCAAGAAAUAAAGGAAAUAAAGCUUGUGUGUUAGCUGCUGAUGAACCUCUCAGCCACCUGCACACUCGACCGUGGCCAGAGCAGGUUCUCAGGACAAUCAUCCAGAGGGAGUCUUCAGGUCUUAAUCAUGCAGAUAACGGUUUGGGAAGACCAGCAGAACACUCAUUUUGCACUCAUGAACCAGGAACAACCAAGCUAUGGCAAUUUUUGCUUUUAUAAAUCAAGCAGAUUUGAUUCUAGAAUGUCCUGUGAGAUGCAGACACCCGAUUGGGGGUUUCAGUACUGUGAAAAGACGUUGCCGUUAAAUUUGUGCUUUAUAUCAUGUUCACCGGUAAUCACUAGAAUAUUUAGACACUUGUUUUCUUUUUAUGUGCUCAUUGUGUUGAGCAAAGAACCCUCAUGCAUAGUGCAUUUGGCCUCUUUCAUCAAGUUAAACGCUUGUGUAGUUUUUCCCAUUCACAAAACAUAACCUGCAGCACUCUCUACUGGCCAUACCAAUAAUUAACGUGUCCCUUCACUCCUUUAAGGAAUAGUUGGAUCUCAAAAAUGAAAUUGGGUUAUUUACUCACCCUAUAGUUGAAAACCAUGUGACUUUCUUCUUUUUUGUAGAACACAGAUUUUACAGUUGCAAAUUGGCAUACAACUGUAUUUCUUAGUUCAUACUGACCAUGGCUUUUAGUUUUCUGGACAAACAACUACAACAACAAAACAUUAAAUACGGAUCAUGCGCUAUAUUUUAAGUCAUAUGACAGUAUUGUAUUCGAGACCACAAGAAGGUUGAGCACGAGUCCAAAUAUUUCCUUGGGCAUGACAACUUAAAAGAGUCCAGCCUUGAGUACUAAAACAAUGCCACAUGAUAUCUUUGUGUAAGGAACCAUCUGAAAUUUUGACGUCUAACUCGUAUCCGCUAAAAAAAGAAAAGAUUUUGGAAAGACAUGAAGGUGAAAAAUAAUGGCCAAACUUAGUUUUUGAGUGAACUAUUCCUUUAAACAUGAGAACAAAAACAUGGCAUGACAUCACCACCACAUCCUUUAGGAAUGGUGCCUUGAUUUUAAAGAGGAGUCUGUUGAGUAAUAACCACUAAACCCUCUGCUGGGAACUCCGCUGUGGGUCGCAGUCUAUCAGGAGUUAGAUCAACAAACUGGAAUCUUUAGAACUGCUGUUAUCUUCAGUCCCAGCUCCAGUCUAUUUUUGUUGUUGACUUUCUAGUUUUCUCUCCAUGUUUCAAAAGAUUGUUUCGAGGACAGCACACUGUGAAGCUCGGGCUAAGAACACCCACAAAAAGAUGGGGUUCAAAUUUAUAAUCUGCCUUGUCCAUGGUAGCAGUAGGUACAACGAAUUUGAAAAUAUUUUUUUAUUUUUUAUUUUACGCAGUGUAAAGAGAGAGCCAUGUUUUUAGUUUGUACCUAUAUUGUAUUAAACUAGAUAGAGAUGGCAUAGCCACCAUGCCUACAAGUUAACCCAAGAUAUCAGUGCAUAGUUAAAUGCAAAUGACACAAUCAUUAUUAAGUAUUGCUUCAACAAAUGUAUUUAUUUAUCUGGAUUUUAUUACUUGAAAUUUAGUUUAGUUUUAUUCUUAGCGCUGUUCAAUAAUAUUCUUCCACAAUUUGGUGAACAUCAGUUAUUAACUGCACCCCCUUUCUUGAAUCUAUUAACACUAAUUCUUUUAAUUAUGGUCUUUUUUUUAAUGGUAGAUUCAGUAAAGCCUGUUCUGACGCUGUCAGUUGUUAAUCUGACACUAUAUUGAAAACACAUUUUUUGGAAAAAUAUUCCAGUGGACAAAAACACAAGUUAGCACAAGAUACGGUGCAACCCAUUGAACAGACAUGUAUUGUACACGUAUUCCAGAAAGCUUUGUUUCCAUUCUCAUGAGAUGUCUACACAAUUUAGGUCUAUUUUGCAAAUUUCAUAUUGUUGUCAAUAAAAAAAUAGUAGUCACAAAGUAACAUUAAGCUGUUUAUUCAUAGAUGUAUUCUAAGAUAUAUGUAAUUCAUGUCAUCUCAGUUAAGUAAGGGAUAAUUUACAAUCAGCCGGUAAUAAAAUAAAAAUAACAAUCUCGAAAGGGCAAUCCUGAUAUUUUGACUGUACAUUAUUCUGCUUAUUACACGGCUACUUACAAAUAAAAAGCUAAUUAAAAAUUAAAUUAUGAUUUAUUUGAUUGUGGAACAAUGAAUCAAGUAUUUCAGAGAGCCGUGUAAUAAGAAUAUGAUCUCAGUCUGUCAAGUAGUACUUAGACCUCAUCGGAUGAUUUAACCACAGAAAGAGACUGCAGGGCUUAAGUCAGCGCUAUUAUUAUUCACUUGAAUAUCUUUCUCAGUGUCAGUUAAGUUCAUUCAAGCCUUGAGGAUGAGUAUAUGUCAGUGUUAAUUUAGCUGCAGUUUGGGUGGGUCGUACGUUCACCAAAAGACACAAGCAUACACACGCAAUCUUUCUGAACUUGACAUUAUUGUCUUUAUUUUUCAGGGUUUGAUAAGUGAAGCUAUACAAUCAGCCAGCCAAGGACUAAACUAGCAACAUUUCAGUCAUGAUGAUAUUAAUUAGCAUAUUCUACCUGUUUUGAUAUACUAUAAUUCUAGUUGAUAUAAAACAGUAUAUCAAGAAUUGUUCUGCCUUGUUCAGACAGAUGGAUGUAUUGAGUUUAGAGUUUAUAUGAUUUUUUUUCUGAGAUAAUUAAACAAUUUAAAAAAAAAGGGGGAUUUUGGAUUUUGCCAGUGAAGAAGUUGUAGGUUACUUAAAGGCUAGAUUACUAUAUGUUACUGGUGAAUCAACUGUGUGAGUAGAAUUGAUCAUUAGGAUAGUCUGAGUACCAUUAAUGCUUAAUGCUUAACUAGUUGGCCGUUCAGUCUAAAAGUGAGUGUGAACAGGACGUUUGUUCACAAUCCAGACACUCUGGGAGUUAAUACAGAAAUAUAUUACAGUCACGUUGUCUAUACGCAUUCAUUUAAUUUGCAACAUUGUUUCAUUUUUACAUAUACCAUGUAACUUGCAGCUAAACAGGACAUUAUAGGUACACUCCUUUCAUGUACAACUGUUAAAGUUUGUAGAUACCACACUGAAUUUUUGGAGACAGAUUUUCUUUUCUUUUUUCUUUUUUUCACAAUGGCAUAUAAAAUGAAGAAACUUGACUUAUUUUAGUGCAUUUUUAUUAUUUGGUUAAGUGUGUAAAUAUUGAAUCUAUUUUAUUUUGUGUUGCUUUGUCAUGCUAAUUGACCUUAAAGAAUAUGUUAUGUUUGCAUUGAGCUGAUGGAAAACUGGACUUUGAGCUCCUUUAGUCAUUGAAGGUCAUUAUUAAGCUAAAUUGCUUUUUAAAAAACUCACUUAUUCUUACAAAUACACUUAUUAUGAAAACGCUAACAAAUGUAUGCCUUGUAGAUAUUGUAGAGAUGUUUCUUAAAUAUGAAUCAAAGACAGUUUUUUUUUUUUGGUAUUCUUUUUUCUUUUGGCAUUUUCCCCAUUGUUGUUUGAAAGAAAAUGUGUGAUCUGUUGAGAGUUUAUCAGUGAAAGAAAUAAAUGUCAUUUUUAUAUUUAAAAGAACUGAAUGUAACUGGGUUGCUCAGGGUUGAAGUGGAGGCUGUUUAAAACUGGUCCUGUGGACCAGCAAGACUUCUUCUCUGUAUUUUCUUUUGAUUAAACUAACAGUAUACUUCUUUUUAUUGAGUCCACACCAGACCUCUAAUAUUGGACACUUUUUCUCUUAAUGAAUCUCUGGCCUUUAAGAUAUUCUAGUUUUGUCAAAUGAGUUGAAUUAUAUAGCUUCCACUCUUUAUUAACCCUUAAGGGAUAAUUCACUUUAAAAAAUAACAUUUACUUACCCUCAAGUCAUUUUGAGCUGCUUUUUUGCCCAUAGAGUGUAACAGAGCAGCUUGGACAUUUUGCUAUAUCACUCCUUUUGUACUCCAUAUACAAGCUUCUUCUUCUUUUUUUUGAUGAACUAUUCCUUUACAAAUUUUUGAAUAUCAGGUGCCUCGAAAGCCUACAGUCCAUCCUCUCUCUUCACUAAUGUUGACCUGAAGGGUGUUUCUACUCAGGUUAUGGUUACUGAUCUGGAAUUUGUGACCAUUUGUCACUAGUAUCAGUUCUGAUGAAAGAGGAGGUCAUGCUUUUGAUUAUACUGUUCAUGUUACAGAGUAAUUGCAUUAUACAUAAAUAGAAAUUUGUAAUGAACUUAAUGUGCAAUUCUGUGGAUCUGCUUUUAAUUAUUGCUAUUGUCAUGAAUCAUAUCAGCAUCUAACGUGUGUAACAUGGACGCUGUAAUAUAAAGCAGUACUUCUGUGACUUUUUUUCAUGCCAUAAUCAGAACCUUCUCCCAACUGUCAGUGAUAUUUCCUGAGCUUUAGUAUGUUUUUUUUUUUUCGAUGCAAAAUAUCAUGACCAUAACUGUAAGUAAUAUAGAAGUAAAUAUGAAUCUAUGUCUUUCAGGGAAUGAAACAAUCAAACAAACAAAAACAUGGAUAGAAAAAAAAAGGUUUCUUCUUUUCAGAUUCUGUGUUGAUAAUGUGUUCUGCUUGGUUCUGUAAAUAGCUGAAUGGCUUGCAAAUUCUAAUUGUAACAUUUUCAGGUAUUUUUGUACAAAUAAGGGACUGAUAUAUUCUGUUUAGAAUAAAAUAUUAAUUGAUUGAUA